ACACUCACAAAUAGGCUGUCUAGUCGAUCGCCGAGAGUCUCGGGUUUAGCUAGCCGCAGGAACAGCUGGGGAGAAGCAUAACAGCUACAUAACCGUCCCACUCGGACCUGCCGGUUUGCUCUGGAGACGGUUUAACCAAGCGGGUGUUAUGGCUGAGAGUGAGAAUAUCUUCCUCAAGGCAAAACACCGGACAUUCAGCGGACUCACUGAAGACGCAGAGCACAAAUGGACUGGACCAUUUUUCUUCAUCCAAGCUGCAGACCCCCAGCUUGGGCUUAUGAAGGCCUGGAGGGAUGGCGACUGUGACGGCGGGGGGGAAGAAUGGGCUGAGGAAGUGGAGCUCACUAAGCAGGCCGUGGAGGCCGUUAACCAACUCAGACCCAGGCCGAGAUUCAUGGUGCUGUGCGGCGACUUGGUCCACGCCAUGCCAGGUACACCCUUUAGAGAAGGUCAGGAGAAAGAUCUGAAGGCAGCCUUGAAGGGGACCGAUCCCUCCAUUCCUCUGGUGUUUGUCAGUGGAAACCAUGACCUGGGUAACACUCCCACUCCCAGCACAGUGGAGCAGUACUGCAGGGAAUGGGGGGAUGACUAUUUCAGCUUCUGGGUGGGCGGAGUUCUCUGCCUGGUUCUGAACUCCCAGCUGUUCUUCGACGCCUCGGCCUGCCCUGAGCUGAGGGAGGCUCAGGAGGCCUGGCUGGAGGCGCAGCUGAGCAGAGCAUCCUCCUCCUCUUCUACGGAACCUAAACCCAAACACGUCCUGAUAUUUCAGCACAUUCCCCUGUACCUAAAGAGUCCGGAUGAAGAGGAUGACUACUUCAACCUGCGGAGGACAGUCAGGCAAAACCUGCUGGACAGGUUCAAGAAAGCAGGGGUGAAGGCGGUCUUCUCUGGUCAUUAUCACCGUAACGCGGGGGGCUGCCAUGGUGGCCUGGACAUGGUCGUAAGCUCGGCCAUCGGCUGUCAGCUGGGAGAGGACACCCACGGAGUCAGGGUGGUGGUAGUGACUGCAGACAACGUCAUCCAUCGCUACUACAGCCUGGAGCAGCUGAGGGCGCGAGGCUUAGACGAGGACCUCAAGAAACUCCUGCAGGCCUGAGCGAACACUCAAACAACAAUGAAGCUGGGUGUUUUGUUAACCGACUAGUAUAUUUUACAUUGUUUUCAGUAGGGAUGGGUAUUGAUAAGAUUUUCACGAUUCCGAUUCCAUUUUCGAUUCUGUUUAACGAUUCGAUUCUUUAUCGAUUCUUUUUAAAAAA